GAUAAGCAGAUCUCUUUUGUGUUUGUGUGUAUGUGCGGUGUGCGUGUGUGAUCGUUGUAGCCCAAAGCAGUUCUUGAUCUAGUAGCCUACGAGCUUCGUUGUGUACACUUAUUGAUUUGGGACAGUGUGUUAGGCAUUCCGUUUGUUUUUCUUGUACACUGUUUGUACCAAGCAUGUAAUGUCGACCCACUGGAUGUACAUUGGUGUGUUCGCCUACUUAUAUUAGACAGCCAUAUUGAUAUGUUAAUAGUUUAAUGUUUGCUUAUCAGAUUUCCUAAUCAGCUUUUAUUUUUGUUUUGGAAUUCAAUUUGUCUUGAUACCGUUCCGUUCGCUUUCCGAACCAUUCAUAACCUAGAUCUAGAUCUAUAGAUCUGGUAGGCCUAUUGGGUAAACAAAAAAAAAAUAUUUCCAGGAACUUUUUACAUUAGGUAACAAUUAAGGAAUACCACAUCUAGUAGAGAGUGAGCUUUCAAGACUCCUUUUUUUUUUUUUACUGCUUGCAGACUAGGAUUAAAAAAAAAAAACUAAACGGAUAAAAAGGAAAUAACAUGAUGACGCGUUUUCUUGUUGUUGUGUUAUCUGGUGUCGAGGUGAAUCAAUGAGCACAACCUGUUGUGAAGGGUCGACUCUGACACAACCAGACCGAGGUGAAAGAUGUCUAAUAACGGUUUUCCCGACUACAUGAGAGAUGCUAGGGCCACAGUGCUGACGGGAGAACUCAUUGAUGUUUUGGCCAUCGACCUGGAGAAGCAUCAUGAAGUAAUUGCUAACAAACUCGGCUUUCCUAGAGACAAGGCUUUUGACUUGGCCGAAGGUCUCAUGUGGUGGAAAGAAAACCCAGGAUCGACUGUUCAUGUCCUCGUGUGCACCCUUACAAACUUGAGACGCACUGAUUGUAUAGAGAAAAUUCUCCAUGACAUGGAACUCAAUACGAUGCAGCUGUAUCUAAAAAUAGAACAAAGCCAAGAUGACUGUACUGGACCAUUCAACCCUCGAUUCAGACAAGUCACCACCAACAGCGAGUUCACGCUAGGCCAAGCUUUGGAGAAUGUACUGGACGGUGUGUUUGAGAACUAUGUGAUCAUUGGGCCUGGCACCUGGGUAGAGUGGUCAACGCUGGCUAAAGAGCUGAAGGGGCAGCAACUCACUCUUCUUUACCAAUUGCCAAGUGAAAAUACUGAUUUAAAAAAGACUAUUUCACUAAGAUCACACUAUUCAAGACCUGCUGACAACAGCUUAAGACAUGAGGUGUACAUAGAUGAGCUUAAGUAUCCAGUAUUAGACACAUCCUUCUCAUCAAUGAAAAGUGACUCUAACAAUGUAACUACAGACUGUGAGCUGGAUGAAGAGUUAUCUCAAUAUAAUAAUAAACCAUCCUCAUCCACACUCAGCAUGAGCUCUUUAGACAACAACAUCAGGGAGUUCACAUUGGACUAUGAAACUCAAACGAAGGCCCCUGUUACCAACAAUACAUCCAGCUCGCAGUCUAAAACCUUACCAGAUAAAAGUUUUCGGUUACCUGACCACAGUGAUGACUUACUCUCUCAGCCAGCUAACAUUCCUCACUUCAGCAUAAUUUCAGGGGAAGUUGUACUUGAUUCUCAUCACAGUGAAGUGAAACAGAAUAACUUAAGCUACCAUUACCAGACUCACCCCCCUCAAAACUUAGAGUCAGAUGUAGGGGUGUGGGAAUCCAAUCCAGCACCUAAUCAUCAGUGGGUAGCCUUGCCCAACAGUGUGCAGGUGGGUAUUGAUGUAGGAAGCUGGAACACAAUGUCUACUACUGAAAGUCUGACUCCUCAGCAGGAAGCUCAUUUCACACCCACUGAAACUACAAGCUGUGAGGAUGAAUCAAUAUAUGUCAGACCAUCAUUUAUUGAAACAUGCUUUAAGAAUAAAAUUAAACAGGUUGAGCAAACCAGGCCCACAAUUCAACAGCCUUUUGAUCAACACUGUACUUUAAAUCAUUUGAUUGACACGAGCAGAAUAAAACAGGAUGUUGAAAACCACAGUUGUCAAGCUGAGGAGCAUUCAAAGCCACAGAGAAACUUCUUUCACCACACCCCACCUCCUGAACAGCAUUUGAAUCUUCAACAAUUUGAAGAUACACCGCCAUUACAUACAAAAAAGCCUGAGCCUCACUAUGAACAUAUGAACAGUCCCCAUUUAGCUUCAGUUCAAGAAAGAAAUCAGGAUGAAGAGAAACAGUAUAUGCAGAUGACUGCACCAAACUCUUUCAAUCAAGCCAUAGCAAACUCUAGCUUAUUUACACCAGAAAAUCAAGCUGAUCUAUCUGAGAAGUAUAGAUUUAAACAUUCUCGGCACCACAGUUCUCCAGGCUUUUUCCCAGAAAAUGCUAAUUUGAUAAGCAACAUGCAGGAGUUGAGAAGCAGUUUCAGUUCCAAAAACAGUCACCAUACUCAAAGUCCAUUGGAAGAUAACGGGGGUAUUCCUUAUACACAUGUAGUCCCCAUCUUUGAUACCACACCGCUUAGUCAAAAUAGCCAUCGUUAUUUUGACCUGUUCAACCCUUCUCAUCCAAACCAUGAUGCUCUUGGUCAACCCAUGAAUAGUCGGCAUAGCAACAAGAUUGCCAGAGCCGGAAAAAAUGGAAUGAUAAAAAGCUAUAGUUCAGAUGACAGCCAUGGGUACAAUUACAUUGAUUCAGUGAAAUUAGCUUCUCACAGGAAGUCUUUAAAUAUUGAAGAUGAACUUUCACAGAUAGAAGGAUGGAAGCCUAAAGAAAAUGGUGAUACGAUUUUGAAAACAAUUGAACCUUAUAGAAAUCGUGAAGGUCAUUAUUUGAUAUGGAAAUCUCGAAGGCACCAAAACUUUGUUCUUACCAUAAGCCACCAGCAACAGUUUAUUCACCUAAAGAUUAAUGAAAGCAAACAUGCUAAUGGAAAACUCUACUACAUUUAUGAAAAUGGUUACUUUUCGGACAGUUUGCUGGAACUGAUCAAUCACUACAGGAUAAAUGGGAUUAAGACUAGGGUCCUUGCAGUUGGAGGAAACAAGAUUCACAAUGAGCAUAUCAGUUUGUUGAAAGCUAUUAGAUAAAACAUGUUUUACUGCAAUGUGGCAUUUACACAGACAACUUGAUUGUUGUUAACUCUUGCUCAAAUAGCCAUUUUUAUAUCUCUGGCCCUUCCUCCAAAACUGCUCUCUUUACCAAGAGGCCUGUAUAAGACACUGGCCCCAAAACACCCCAAUAGAAAGAAAACUAUAUGGAGAACUCCCUGAUUUGGAAACCACUGCGCAGUUCAUCUCAUGUAUUAGUCUAGUCAUCUGAACGCUCCAACAUAACAAUGAGAACGAAGAAGAAGAAGAAAGAAUAUCUCUGGCCAUUUAUUGCUUGGUUGAAGAGAGUUCCAAUGGAGACUUCAUUAUUUGGAGAAGUUACAUGAAGCUUCAAAGGAUGGAUAUUGUUUCUAAUGUGCAGUUUGCUUUUUUUAAAACCACACUACAGAAAUUUUUAGUGAUUUAGUUUUUUUCAUUUAUUUUAUUCUGUCAAAGAAUUGGAUAUAACAGAAGACAGGGAAAAAAAUGUCUUUUGGCUUAAAUUGAAGUCAAUGAAAAAAAUGAUAAAGGAAGACUUUUACUCUUGAAAAUGAGAUGGCUUGUUUAUUAGAUAAUUGACAAAGCAAUAAGAACAUUCAUAAUAGCUUCCUUGGCAACUCCAAAAUCUAUGCAUCUCAGGCAAGGUUGGGAAAGUAGACGGUUGAAAAAAAAGUAAAUUUAGUGUGAUUUCUUAAUGCUUUUGUAGCCAGCUUUCUCUAAAGGCAUUUCUCAUCUUCUUCCCAGUCAACAGUAAUCAAUGCCAACAUAUUUCUUGUACCUCGCCUUCAAGAUGAUCAUCAAUCAUGCAAUUUACUUAGAAACCUAUGUGGAAUAAUAUAUUUUAAGUGUCCUUGAGUCUUAGAGUUCCAGUCCUGAAAUAGCUGAAUGUGUGUAAAUCCUCACAGCUAUAAUCAGUACCUGACAUUUGUUGGUUAACUGUAAAGGUGGUCUCUGUUUGUGUAAACAAUGCCAACAUAUUUCUUGUACCUUGCCCGGGACAACAAAAAAAAGUCAGCAUGUCAAAAGCAAUAGCUUCUGUGCAAUAGUAUAUAUAUAUAAUGUAUGUUCUUGUCAUUAAAAAAAGAUUCUCGACUCAUGACCUAUGUUAAUCAACUAACAUUCCUCUUGUACAUAUACUGAAAUUCUAUUUUAAUUAGGGCUGAAUUUUAUGUAUUGAUGUAAUAUGGUGACAUGUUCAAAUAACUUAGCUGUGGAUUUUUUUAUUUUUUUUUGGCCAAUGGGUAAUGGAUGGUUGCCCAGUGUAAACCAGGCAAUUAAAAACAACCACUUAUUUAUAUAUAUAUACUUGUAUAUAAGAGAGCAUUCUGUUCUUCAUCUAGGGUAUGUGUUAACAAUGUUUCACUACUCGAUAUAUUCACUUCUGUUGAGUGUCAUAGGUAUUUUUUUCCCACACAUAUUGCUGUUAGACUAAAAGUUGUAUUUGUUUAUUUUCUAAAACUUAAAUAAUAUUUUAUAAUUGCAAUCUUGCCAUUUAUUCAAAAUAUUGUUGGUAACUUUGUUAAAAGAUUUUAAUAAACUAUUGUUCUUGGUAAUGCCAUGAAAUGUC